GGAAUGGCAUCAAAAGUACCUAGGUGGACCCCCAUUUUUGCACUCAUUAGAUCAAUGAGACAAAAGUCCAUCCCCAUCCCUCUCUCCCCUCUCUAUUUCGGCCAAGGCACACCAACCAAGAGCAAGGAAGCUCCUCAUCCUCCUCCCUCCAUUGUUGAAGAGAAAUCAUCAAGGAAGAAUCACCCAAAAAAGGAGCUAAAGUGCUAAAAGUGUGAAAUAAUUAAGGCACUUGUAAAGGGUAUUUCAAGUGAUUUCACAAAGUUGGAAAAGUCGCCGGAGUUGUCGCCGGAGUUGACCAAAAGUCACCGGAGUUUCACCGGAGUUCAACCAAGAAGGGUAGAACUUCAUACGCUAGUUCAAGGUUGAAGCUAGGGCUUGCUACCUGCACCUUUCUACGGGUGACAUCAAGUCAAGGAAGACGUGAAAUGGAGGGCAGGCGAAUGCGGACCAGGAACAAUCCGAGGGGGCAGGCGCCGGUAACAUCCCAAAGGGGAAGCCGGGCUGCAUCUCGGGGUUCAAGAGGAGGCCGUGGAGGCCGUGGAAGCCGUGGAGGUCAUCAAGCUCAAACUGUGAGUGAUGGCCAUGUAAGCUCGGUGUAUGAAACCAACACCGAGGACUAUGACUCUACGUAUGUUCCUGAGACAGAGCAUGAGGAGACCCCAUAUGAUGGAGGUGACACAUACACCGAUGAGGACAAUGAUGAAAGUGAUGCCCGCUUCGCCCAAAUGGGUGAAUUACUUGAGUGGUAUCAGAAAGAGAAACUGAGGAGAGACCUUAGGCGCCAAGCGAGGCGUGGCUCUCGUGGAGGUUCGGGUCAAGGAAGCCGGGGAGCUUCCGUGGCCACCCCAGCGGCGUCACAAGAUGGGCGUGAAGGGGGUUUUGUUGUGAGAAUCUCCAAGUACCUCAAGGAGGCUAGGGCCUUGGGGUGUAGGUCCUUUGACGGCACCGGUGACAUUACCGUUGCCGCCGAUUGGAUCAAGAAAGUGAAGGAUGCAUCGAGAGACAUGCAGAUUACUCCGGACGUGAAGCUAACUGUCGCUUCACGGCUACUUGAGGGGAUGGCUUCUACAUGGUGGGAAGGUGUAGAAGGGAAAUACCGUGGGGACAUCUCAUGGGAAAAUUUUGAGCAAGAAUUUUAUGCUCAAUACUACUCCGAUUUCGAGGUUAAUGUGAAGAGGAGGGAGUACACCAACCUCAAGCAGAAAGAGGGUUGCACGGUUAAGCAACUGGAGCAAGAAUUUAGGACCUUGGCUAGGUUCUUGCCGGAGUAUGCGAUCGAUGAGGACCGCAUGACUGAGCACUUUUGGGAUGCCUUACUCUUGGACAUCCGAGAUCGUGCCACGUAUUCCCGCCUCAUGACCUUUAGUGAGGUGGUAGAGCAGGGCAUGCUUGGAGAGGCCCAGUGGAAUGAGAGGAAAGCAAGGGACGCCGAAGAGGCGAAGAAGAGGAAAUGGAAUAAUUUGGGGCCACCCGACCAUUCUCGAAGGAACAACCACGGCGGUGGCGGUGGUUCAUUCAAGGCGCCGGCUCCACCGGCAAAGAAGAAUAGGGAUGCGAGGUGGCACGGACCUAGGCCACAGAACUCGGGGCCACCUAGAUGUCCCAAUUGCUCAAAACAACACUUUGGAAAGUGCAAUGAACCACCGAGGUGUUUUAAGUGCGGGAAUGCGGGCCAUAUGAAGGCCAAUUGCCCUCAAUUGAUGCAAGAGAGUGCCUCAGGAGCCGGGGGAGGGACCAUGACGGGAAGGAACCGUGCGGGACCGUCAAACGGCGGCACGGGAAGAGGCGGUGCAUCCACAAGCCAUGCCGCAUCCGUCAACCAAUUCCAAGGUGGGACCCAAGCACGAGUCUACGCGAUGACCGAGGCGGAUGCGCGAGCAAACCCGGACUCCGUUGCAGGUUGAAGCUAGGGCUUGCUACCUGCACCUUUCUACGGGUGACAUCAAGUCAAGGAAGACGUGGUUCGUGCUUCCUCAUUUCCUUUCAAAUGACUAAACAUUGCUCAUGGAUAUUUUUUUUAGUUGUUAUAAACUACUUUUGGGGCUUGCAUGCCCAUGUACGUUGUUGGCCGGUUGUGGCUUAUGACUUACCGUUGAAUAUUUCCGCUAUUCAUUGGUUUAAGUGUGAUGUUGUUAUGUAUGUUUACUACUGAGUAUGGAUGGUUUAUAUUCUCGAACGCCUUGUGUAAUUAAGUGAGGUUGACUCGCGGGUGACGUCACUUGAUUAUACGGCGGUUGUACACGCGCUUGGAUUGCGGUCUGGGGCGUGACACUCUGUCCGGCCGUCGCCUUUUGGGGCGGUUCCUGAUGGAAUUUUUUGAUGAUUUAUUUUUUAAUUUUAUUCAUUAAGUCUACUUUGUUCAUACCAAAGUUCAGAAAAA